CAAAACCAAAAACUCAAGCGAGAACAUGGAAAGUUUGCAGUCUCAGCUGUUUGAUACCUCGCUGCUGCGACUUUGUCAAACAGCGGCAAGUUCAGAAGAAUGGAGAGCAGAAGAUGACGAUAAUAUGCAACUCAGAGAACAUAGUAUAGCGCCUGGAGACUGCUGGCUUAGCAUUGAUCCCUGGGUAGCUUUGUGGUUGGACUACAGAAGUUUUAACAACAUGCCUCCUUUGAAAACAGCUGGUGAUUUUGUUUUGGUGAGCAUUGACCAACACAUACAGCAGAGGGAAUUUACUUCAAGCACCACAACCUUUGACAUAUGUCUACUACCAGCAAUUGAUUUGUUCAAAUUCUGGAGCACAUACAAGUGCAAGAAACCACGCCCAAACACUGUCCAUAGGAAUGGAAAAGAAUACCUAGCUCUUGACAGGUCUAUAGUAGAUGAUCUGUGCGUAUGGAUACGUGAAAUGAGAGAGCAGUUUGAGAAGCAUGGAAAAACAUUUUUUAUUAAAUCAAGCAAGUAAACUUUUGACAUUAAGUAUUGUUGAUUGUUUGCAAACU